AGUGGGAAAACCGCAUUCACUGGCGCACUAGUACGGGAAACCUUCCAGCGACGCCGUUCAGGAACAAUCGUUGUGCCUAUCUACUCAGAGCUUCUAGGUACAUGGUCUGAGAACACCAACCUACUUGCUACGAUCGUUGCUCAGGUUGCGCGCCAGAGUCAGGGGGCAUUCGAAAUUCUUAGCCGAUAUCAUCGCGAUCUGGAUGUCAAAUGGACGAAAGACAACGGGCCAACGAUGGAAGAAAUGGAAGAGGUUCUUUGGAAAAUGUCAAGUUUCUUUGCACAUGUGCUGGUCAUAGUAGACUGUGCAAGGAAUAGAGAAACUGGCAUCAUGCCGGUAGUUGCGUCUUUGAUCAAGACCUCCAAGGAGCGUGCAGCAAAUUUGAGCCUGGCAGUGGUUUCUCAAGACCUCAAGGCCGUCAGAGAUUCUUUAGGUGAUUCGGUCACCCAUUGCGAUAUUACGCCAUCCGCUACUAGCUUAAAAGCUUUUGUUGCCAAUGAGACAGAAAGGCGAGUUAGGACUGGUGCUCUCCGGCUCGAAAGGCCAGCGAUGAAGGAUGAUGUGAUCCGCAAACUCAGCGUUGGGGCUGAUCAUGUUUUCUGGAAGAUCGCUUACCAACUUGACCAUCUCUGCGCUUUGCAGUCCCACUCUCAGCAGAUUGAGUUCCUCAAGAGGUUCCCAUGCUCCCUGCAAGACACCUACCGCUUUACGUUGGAAGAAUUCAAAACGCGGACGCCGGCAUCUCGAAGCUUGAUUCAGAGGACACUACGACUGAUGGCAUGUUCGCAUCCCGAGCUUACCGCCCAAGAGCUCUGCCAGGCGCUCUCAGUGUCAGGCAUUUUCGGAUUAGAUCCUGAGAUGUUGGAAUAUCCAGAGGUGGACGAAACAGAGAUCCUCCAACAAUGCAGUCCUAUGAUCAAGAAGUCGCUGGACGGCAACAGCUUUGUGUUUAGUCACGACUCCAUCGAACAAUUCCUUAGAGGUAUUGACAAAUCCAGCGAUUUUGCCGCGUAUCGCAUCACGACACCUGGAUCGAACCGGCUUCUAACUACCUGCGCGUUGAAAUUCCUUACCUUGAGUCAUUUUGCUCGACUUCCAAGCCUAUCGUUGUCCGAGGCGGAUUUCAUUCGAACCCGGAACAAGAGGUACCCCUUUUAUAGGUUCGCCGCACUGACUUGGUACAAAGCCGCUGCCAGACAUUGGCGGGACCCGAAGUUACUCUUGGAAGCCAUGACGCUUUUCGAUCCCAAACAGACAACGAAUUUCAAGGCUUGGUGUCUCGAAAUUUGCCGGCAGUACAGGUUCAGCCAGCCAUGGUGCCAGUGGAAAGGUCAAGGUGACAGCAGUCAGCCAAAUAAGCCGGAAUCUGCCUGCUCGGAAACGACAGUAAUCAACUCUUCCGCCGCAGCAUGGUCAAACAACGAGUCUGGUGAUGAUACUCGUGGGCGAAGGCUCCCCCCAAGCCACCUUUUUCCGCCUGGAAUGAGCCGCCCUCGGGGAAUAAAGAAGAAUACCAAUCGAUCUUGGGUAGCAGGUCAAACAAGGCGUCUCGCACGUGUUGUAAGGCGGGGCGAUUACACUCCGUUACACAUGGCUGCUCUUCUCAGCAUUGAUGCCGUAUGUCAGGAGUUGAUCAAGCUGGGAGAAAAUGUCAAUUGCCUGAGUAAGAUAGGUACUCCUUUACAAUGUGCUAUUGGAGGUUUUCUGCUCAUCGGUCACCACGAACCUCUAAUGAGGCCAUUCCCGCCGGGCUGGUAUGACGGGUCACGCAGAAGCACGGUUGAGUUGCUGAUCAAUGCGGGAGCGGAUUGCACGCGAGAUUUGCCUAGUCAGGCCUACCCCUGGAGCACCAUGGGUGCCUUGGCACUCAAAAGCUCAGAAUGGGCUGAUGAUUUCCAGAGCUUUGCGGCCGUCAUCAGAGGAGGCACCCGGAUGCACGACGACGAUACAGCAGUGUUCCGGUCGAUUUGCCGCAAAUGGUCUAAGCACAGAGACCCGAAAGCUAAGCGCAACGUCCAGACUAUCGUGAAGAUUCUGGAUGACAUGGUGUUAAAGAAAGAGGGCGAGUCGCUGGCAUACCUGAAAGCUUUCCAGAAGGCCGUCUCGGAAACCACCGACAUCGACAUACCGCUGCCCAUUUCGGAAGGUAUCUCGGAUGACAUGCUCGUCCAACAGAUGUGGAAGUCAAUCAAAGAAGACAAUAUGAAAACCUUCAAGGAUCAAUCUCAAAGCAACACAAGAACCAAGGACCUAUUGAAGGGUGACGUCUUGACGAAACUACUCGACUUUGCUGUUACGUGCUCAGCUGUCACCUGCUUGGACCACUUGCUCGCAAAUUACCCCGUACCAAACAGCCCACAUGAUUGGAAAAGCAAGGCUGUCCUUUAUUAUUGUGUUGAAGACAAGAAGGAAGAUGUCCUCUUACGAUUAUUGAAGAACGGCGCCGAGACUAAGAGGACCGAUGGAAGAGGAAGCACCAUCUGGCAUCUCGCAGCUUCCAAGGCUACCUCAUCAAGGGCUCUUCGAGUCUUACUUAAGAAAACCGAUCAGACCGAACGAGAGUAUGCCUUGAGAACGGUGAACAAAAGUGGUCGUACUCCGCUUGCCGAAGCGCUUGUCAAUAAGCGUUAUCGGAAUGCGUCUAUGCUCGUCAAAUACUGUGGAAAGGAUCACGCAUACCUGCAGAGCAACCUGCCAUCGAUAUCUGAAUUGAUAGCAGGAAUCCAGGAUAGCCAUUUGCUUAAGGAGUUGCAUGACUCCGAAAUAUUCCAAACCUCAGCUAAAGACUCACCUUUAAAUCAUCUCGAGGAUUCCGCAAAUUUAGAAGCGGUUCGCCAACUCCUCGAGAUAUUCCCCUACCCUUGUUCAAAUGAGCAUGGAACACCCUUGAGAUCAUACUUGUCCAGAGACGACUUGAAUGCCUGCAACAAAGAAAUCAUAACGCUUCUUGCCCAGAAAGAGCUGGUCACCGCACCCAGCGACAAGAGCAGCCACAUCUGGCAGUUCUUCUGCGAAAAACUGCAGAAUCAUUUCACAAAGUCGGCAGAGGCAGAGGCCUGCGAAGUCGUCGAAUUGGUUAAGCUCAUGAUUGAUCUCGGGUGUGUAGGUGAUUAUGAGAAGGCCAAACAGACAUCCGGACUGAAAGAGAUGCUUUCUUUCUUUGAUGUCGUGUCGACGCCUACCCCACUUACACUUGACCACGAUGCUGUGCUUGCGACAGAAGAGAUAUUCAGCAUGGUUCAUGAUAUCACGACUUUACCACAGUAUUACAAAAGCAGUAGUAUGGACAUCAAAGUCAUCAAAUGGACCAUUGCUCAUAACUCUUGGCCACUGUUUCGUCGUCUCAUUCAGAUAGACGUUGACGUGCACAAGAGGGACAAAAAAGUGAACUUGUUACAAUAUGUUUGCUCUCACGGCACUGGACUCAUUGGCCAUAGGAUGCUUGUGAGCCUUUUGGAACGAGCUGAAAGAGGUCGUCUGCUGAGCGAGCUGAAUCCCGAAGAGCACCUUAGUCUUCUACACGUACUUGGAAUGCCCUACGCUCAGGUAGGCCUAAUCGUUAAGAGUCCCGUGUUCCGCCCUACCAUGGUCCCGAUGAGUACUUUCAGUCAACCGCCGCAUCUACCUUCAUCCGUUCAAUUAGGACCGGGAGGAUUUGCAGCAUUGAGGAUGCCAUGCGACAACCCAAAGUUCAGCCUACUUCAACGACUACUCGACGAACAAAUCGACUGCGCUUUACUCAGUAAGAAGGGCAAAUUCUCAGCUCUCAGUACCCAUAUAAGAUAUGGAUAUCUUGAUACGGCCCUGCUCUUGCUUCGACGUGGAUCACCAGAUACGCUAUCCGCCGCUGAUACUUUUGGGUGGACUCCAGUAGCAUGGGCGUGCGCGCAUGGCUACAAUGAGUUCAUUGACCAAAUGGUUGAAUCCUCCUGCUCCAAACCUAUUUGGAACUUCGAGGUCGAGGUGACCUUGAGUGUCAAAGCAGCUCCUUCAUUCAUCAAGCCCUACCGCGGUCUCAGGGCUCUGCACCUCGCGGUAAUUGCUUCAGUACAGACAGUCACCUUUUUGCUGAAUCGUGCCUAUGUCUCGGACCUCGAAAUUACUGACGCACAGUUGCGAACACCUUUACACUUUGCAACAUUCCUUGGUCAGGUUGACACUAUUCGAGAGCUUGUUUCUCGGGGAUCGAACAUCAACGCCAAAGACAAAGACGGAUGGACCCCCUUGCACUUUGCAAUCCACUUUGAGAACGAACAAAUUACUGAUCUUCUGCUGGAACUGGGCGCAUGUCAUGUGAAAACAAAGAAAGGAGAAACACCGCUUGACUUGGCAAUACCCAAGAUCAACCGAUAUUUUGCUCAACGAGUGGAAAUGUCGAUUCGUGAAAGUUUGGAGACAGUCGCAGAAAGUAGUUUCGACAGACAUUGGCUGUCUGCUCUCUCUCAAGCCAUGGAAAGGGCCAUCGAUGACGGUGAUACCCAAACUUGCGUUACAUUACUUAAAAGCGGUUGCCCGGCGGAUAUCAAGAUGAGGUCUUGCCAUAUGUGCACAGCCCUCAUUUUCGCUUUGUCGCGAACCGACCUGUCUGCGGAUAUAGUCGAUGCUCUCGUCGAACACGGAGCAAGUUUCCGAGGAACUACCUGCGCCCGACAUAAGUGUGGAAAUUUUAGACGAUACGGGAUUCGCCAUUUCGGGGAUAACACUACGGACAACUUCACCUCAUCCUCCUCGUCCGGUAGCGAUGAUGACGAGACGUCCAAGCAACAUUCAUGGCCAUCAUUCGGAUCUACCAGUCUCGAAAUGCUCAUGUGGGAGGACAAUCUAUCAGAGAAGAUUUCGGCAUGGCUAAGCUCUAUCCCCGACGAGGACAUGAUCUGGCUGCUGGACAACUCCAUAGCCGUACAUGUAGCUGUGGAUCGCGAGUGCCCCAAGGCAUUGAAAGUACUCCUCUCUCACGCCGCUGGGAUCAGGAAUGCCACGCAUAGAAAUCUGGUUCAUGAACUUGUGAAUAGAACUGGAUGGUCUUCACAAGCCCGCGCCAUCUCACCCCUCCAUAUCGCAGUCGGUUCUGGCAACAUGGAGCUUGUGCGUCUUCUACUUGAGUACGGCGCAGAGAUCAACAAACAAACUGUUAUGAACGGAACUGCACUACACGUAGCUGUUGAAGAGUACGAACUCGACAUUGCACGCCUUCUUUUGGAGCAUGGGGCCUCACUUGCAACCAGAGAUUAUCAUCGCGGGUGCACCCCUCUCGAAGCAGCGAUUCAGCUACCCUUUGAAAGAAUGGUAGACCUCCUUUUAGAGCAUGGGGCACGUGUCAAAUGCUCUCAAUACGCUGACACGUCUCUGGUGUGCAGGUCGACAGAAGUGGCAGUUCUGAUGCUAAGAUCAGGCAUACCACUUCAGACUGUGGGGAAAUUUGGCGUACCCCUCUGGGCACCUGCGUGUUUCGAAAGCCGGCUUGCGACUUUCAUCUUCAAUUCUGAUUUUGGUCAUUCAAUAGCAUCCGGGAUGACUGCAUCAGAUCUUUGGAAGACUCUCUCUUUCGUCCACGGUACAGCCGUCAAAGAUCGGGUUCACUCCCGGGGUCCUCUCCGUCUACUGUACCGGCGAAGUGGACACGCGUCCAUACGAGACAUGACGGAAUCCGACGGGAAAGAAAGCGUAAGAUCGUUCGGCGUGAUGUGCUUCCUAGCUGAGCUCGGACUCGUUGAUGAGGUCAAGUUGUUGCUGGACCUGGGUUGCAACAUUGAGUUUGAGGGCGGUCUGACUGGCACUGCGCUCAUGGCAGCAGCUCACGGGGGUCGGCUGGACGUUGUCAAAAUGCUCGUCCAUGCAGGAGCAAGAAUAUGGUAUGAGACAGAUGGGUCGUGCAGGAGUGCGGUCACUGCAGCUCAGGAUUUCCCGGAAAUCGUAAGCUGGCUGUUGGUUGGAAGAUUUACGGAGCAAGCCAAGAUCGAGGCGGCCCCGCCCAAGUGGAUGACGGACCAACAAAGCGAGAUUCGCACCUGGAGCGGUUUUCGUCUUGGCAAGUUCCCGUUGUCAGGCAAGUAUGCUCGGCACAGGGGAGAUUCGACGUUGAGGUGGUUGUCGUGUUUAGAAAAUGCGAAACGGAAUUUGCGAGGGAAGGUUGUCGUGUCAAGGUCAUGGGACAGAGAAGAAUGUUAGCAAACGAGCAACUCAGGUUCAUUUGAAAUGAUUUUGUCGAGAAUUAAAACAGU